AUGGCUGAUCAAGAUGAUGAUGUAGCACAAGUAUUGGAGGAGGAGGAAGAGGAACAAGCGGGAGAGGAAAUUGAAGAAAAUGAAUAUGAAGGAGACGAUGAACAUGUCGAAACAAAUGACGAACAAGAAGAAACCGAAGAAAAUAAUGUAGAAGGGGAAAAAUGUAGCGAGGACGAGAUGUACAUCGACGAUCUAUGCGAAAGCGAUGACGAAAAAGAUGAAAAACACGCUUUAAGCGACGAAUUAUUUAGUAAAGUACUUAGUGAUUUAAUACAAUUAAAAUCGCGUGACGAUAAGAGAAAAAAAUCACAUCUUAUUCCGAGUGUAAACAAAUUUUUAAACACGAACAUUACAAAACGUUCGAUUACUAAAGAUGUCAAAAAAAAUAUGCUCAAUCUUUGUCAACAUAUACAUCGGGGAAAAAUACCUGUGACUAUAUCAGUUGAUAGUAAACGUUUUCUUGGGCAUUUGUUAGAUAAACGUACGCCCAAAGAAGACGUUAACGUUGCAUUGAGCGAGAAUUUGAUAGUUCAUUCGAUAUUACGCGAAGCUAUCGAUCUAAUAGGUAAAAAAUGAGCGAUAGUGUAAGAAAAUUGACGUUGGUAGACUCAGAACGUUUUAAUAAGCUUAUAUCCACAUUGCAACAAACUUUAGAACGUAAAAAUAUCAUAGAACAAGCAACCGCUCCUAAUGAGGAAGAGGAUUAUGUACGAAGUCACGAUGAUGUAAUGAAAAGUGUAAAAAAUAAAGAUGAUUUAGCAGGCAUGAAAAUUGUGAAUUUUUUAAAUAAAAGGGAUAAGCUAAAGGGUGCUCAAAAAGCAACAGGGCAACUUCCUAAAGCCCCUGACGCGCCAAACCCCGCCAGUGCUACACCCGGUCAACGUCGUGCUCAACGUCCCGGCACUACAGUGGAUGCUGCACACGAAAAAAUUAUGGAGAUUUUUAAACAAGAGGGUGUGUCGCGAGGGGGUAGUGGAAAUGUUAUGCACAAGGGUACACGUCAUAAUAUACCUUAUACAGAUCUAGUUUACGAUUUAACACACAAUACAACAGAAAAAACAGCCAAUUUGACAUCAGUAGAAUCUCAACGAGCUAUGCAAUUGUUAAAAAAAAUUAAAAUGCCCGCCUCACACAUUCGUAGUACACGUCUUCGGGCACAGUAUAUAAAAAUGCUUAAAAAAACGCGAAUUGCCCGAAACACCUACAACAAGCAGCGGCGAGGAGACUUCUUUUGCAUCAACACCUUUUGGUCGACCCCCACCAUCGAGAAUACCACGACCCCUACAACAACGUCGCACAGCACCGACACCCUAUAUUCGUCGAGCACGUAG